CUACAAUGAUACCUACAUACCUACCUAGGUACAUGUCUAAGACAUUUCCGAUGCUGUUAGGAUCCGGAAGAAGAAAAAAUAUCGUCAUAGAUCAAACCCUACCAAGUUAGCCCUUUGUAUUGCUAAUCUAGUCACCGAGUGACUAUUCGAAGUAGUAAUUCGAACCCGCAACCUCAAUCAUUAUGCUACUACCCACUUAGAUAUUAGCACCUUACAACUAAGUGUACCUGCGUAGGUAAUAAAAACGCGAUAUAAAUCUUAUUAAUAUACGGACAAUGGUUGUCACGCUGGUGCUUAGCCUUUAGCCUGGCUCAUUACCUAUCAGUAGUUUUCUUAAGAAGUACUGGAGUUAUGUUAACAGGUAGUUAUUAACUGGUACUCUACAGCGGCAUCAACCAUCUCAUGAACUACUAUGCAAUAAGAAACUAUGAUACACCUUCUACCCAUUUUAAAGCCAGUCUCGUAUCAGCACGAGUUAUCUACCCUACCUAAAGAGGCUCUUACAAGAUACCUUCUUAAGAAUGAUUACCCAGCUAUCUAAUGCAACUAUCCUCGUCCUACGAAUAUGCCUGGACCAAUGUCUCUAACUCCGGAGGAGGCAGCUCGAAUGCUGUCACACUCUAAUGAUAACUUGGCUCCUAGCAUCAUCACUUGCUGCUCAAUUUCCCUGUCUGUAGCUAUUACAUCCAUUGGUCUGCGACUCUGGUCACGAAGAGUGCUCAAUGGUAGAUUCCACUUCGACAUGAGCGACUGGCUCGCUAUGAUGGCCUUGGUCUUAUACGCAGUUUAUGUAACUAGUAUCAUCAUGACAACUCACUACGGAUUAGGACGACAUAUAGUAUCUGUUUCACACCCGCGCUCCAUGAGCAUCUGUACCAUGAUCGCCGAAAAUUUAUAUGUUUGUACAUUAGCUCAUCUAAAGUAUAGUGUGUUGUGUCUUUAUAGAAGAGUAUUCUCAUCUUCACCACGAUUUUGCCGAUGGACUUGGGCUGUAACCGCCUUGGUAACCGAAUGGCUGCUCCAAGUUAUACUAGCUACUAACCUCCAGUGUAUUCCCAUCUCGGCCGUGUGGGAUCCAACGAUACACGAUACAAGCACCUGCAUCAACUACGGUGUCGAGGCGCUGGUAGCUUACAUUAUUAACAUUACUACCGACUUAAUAAUUAUCGGCAUGCCUAUUCCUCUAAUUAUAAGACUCAAUACAUCACAAUCGCAGAAGUGCAGGUUGCUUAUUGUUUUUGCCGUAGGAGGGAGUGCUUGCCUAGUCAGUCUGGUCCAGCUUAGAUAUAUUACCAGGCUAGGGAAUAGCUCAGACGCAAGUUGGGACUACGUGCCAUUAGCCAUACUUGCCUUGGUAGAGAUCAUGGUCGGCUUCCUUGCCACGUCAAUUGCAACGUAUCGACCUCUUUACCAUCUUAUCACUAAGGGGUCAACCACCGAAUGCGAUGGAAAUAGCCAUUCAACCGGCAGGGUGACAGGCGGCCAAGAACGGCCAACUCUAAGAGCCCAGCUAAGCACAGAUAUUCGAGGAGGUGCCGAGUCGAGGAUAAACAACUCCAGAGAGCCUCCUCCACAGGCUAUUUGUGUAACCACAGAUGUCGAGUUGACGGUGCAGGACAGCGUGCAAGGUCCUUUGGUGAGAAGUCAUGAUGGAGUAGAGCCUCUUGAUCUUGAUAGGGGUCACAGGGGUCAUAUUGAAGAAGAGAACCAGUCAAUAUUAUAAUAUUAUAAUUGCAACCGACACGCCGGCUAUUCUGACAUUCUGACAGUAAACUGCACUAGUUACCUACCUACCUACCUACCUACCUACCUACCUA